CAACACCAAAGUUCGCACGUGUAACAAAAUUGGAGCGUGCAAAAUUGACCCAAAGAAGCAAACCGUUAACCUUCCAUCGCCGGCUUCAGCCCUCUCCAUAUUUCUUUGAAACCCUCAUUUCCCUCAUUUCGCCGUUCCUUUUGCACUGAACAACGAAUUUUUUGGGGUAUUUUUCAAAAGAAGCGAAGGCAUCACCUGAGAUAAGGAAACACUUAAAACCCUAAAAUCUUAGAAUUCAGAAAUAUGUGGAGAAGGCUGUUGACUUCACAGCUCAAAACCCUAGCCACAGCUCCAUGCAGAUCCGCUUCUAAAACGGUGCCGCUUCCAUUCAAAUCUAACGUUUCAUCAUCGCCUUUCUCCUAUCUCCUCACACGUCACUUCUCCGCCUCGUCAGCGGCUAGUGCUGUAAAGAAGACGGUUGAGGAUGUCAUGCCUAUCGCCACUGGUCAUGAGCGCGAGGAGCUUGAGGUUGAGCUUCAGGGAAAGAAAAUCCUUGAAGAUGUGAACAACCCUGUUGGUCCUUUUGGCACGAAGGAAGCUCCUGCUGUUGUCAAGUCCUACUAUGACAAGAGAAUAGUUGGAUGCCCAGGAGGUGAAGGAGAGGACGAGCAUGAUAUUGUCUGGUUUUGGCUGGAGAAGGGCAAGCCACAUGAAUGCUCUGUUUGUUCACAGUAUUUUGUGCUCGAAGUUGUGGGCCCUGGAGGACCUCCAGACGGACAUGGUGACGACGAUCAUCAUCAUUAAUUGCAGCUUUCAGGUUUAUUUUUUCCUAUUGGAAUAAAAUUGGAGAGGAUGGAACCAAGUCCAGUUAUAGAGUUCAUUGCACCUUCAAGUGUUUAAAAAAAAAUCUAUCAUGUUUGGUUUUUGAUUGGCCCUUGGUCUUGUUUGGAGAUGGUAUCUCUAUUUUUUCGGUUUUUCAGGGUGGUCAUCUUUUUGAACUAUAAAUCAUCUUAGGUUUAACUUCAAUGAUUGCCAAAUAAUUGAUGGCUACCGUCCCCAUUGUUUCAUUACACAUCUUGGUGUUGAAUUUUGAAGGAAUCUUACAGGUUUAA